AUGCCCAAUGUUCUAACCUUCAGUAUCCUGGUGGAUGCACAUUGUAAAGAGGGAUUGCUUGUAGAGGCAGAGGCCAUAGUCGACCACAUGAUUCAAUUAGGUAAAAUGCCUCAUAAUUUCAUUUAUAGUACAAUGAUGAAUGGUCAUUGUUUGCAAAAUAGGAUGAAAGAUGCAAUGGAAGUGCUUAAUUUGAUGGUUGAAAGAGGCUGCUCACCUGAUGUUGUUACUUAUAACACAUUGAUUAACGGAUACUGCAAAGCAAAAAGAAUGGACAAGUCAAAGAUGCUUUUCCAAGAAAUGCUCCAAAGGGGCCUGAUUCCUGGUGUCAUAACAUACAGCACUCUCAUGGACGGAUUAUGCAAGGUUGGGAACCUUGAAGCCGCGGCGGAGCUAAUUAAUGAGAUGCAGUCUCACAAUCUAUCUCCAAAUCAUUAUACCUUGAGUUCUUUACUCGAUGACUUGUGUAAAACACAGCAGAUUGACAAGGCCAUGAUAUUGCUUUGA